AUGGGCGCCACAAUUCAAGAGAUCGGAUAUGCAUUUCUAGAAACUUACUACCACAGGAUGAAUAAAGAUCCAUCUAAGGUUUCAUGUUUAUAUUCGCAAACAGCAGAAUUAACACAUACGAAUUAUCAAGUCGAUUUUACACCUAGUUCAGACACACUACCAACGGUUAAAUUAACAGGAAAAGAGAACAUAAGCAAAUUCUUCACUAGAAAUAACAAGAAAGUCAGUGAUUUAAAGGUGAAAGUUGAAUCUUGUGAUUUCCAAACAACGGGUUCAUCCCACUCUGGUAUAUUAAUUUUAAUUACGGGGGAAAUGUUUUGGACAGGAACACCGACUUAUAGGUUUGUCCAAACUAUUAUACUAGCGCCAAGUGGUUACAGGGAUACAUUUGAUGUGACGAACGAUGUAAUUAGAUUCAUUGGCGACAAUCUGCUUCCGGAGACUGAUGUAAAGGAAGAAACUAAAGAGCAAGAAGAGGAACCAAUAAAAGAACCAGUAAAGGAAACAGUAAAGGAACCAGUAAGGGAACCAGUAAAGGAAACAGCAAGGGAACCAGUAAAGGAACCAACGAAGGAACCAGUAAAGGAACCGGUAAAGGAAUCAAUAAAGGAACCGGUAAAGGAACCGGUAAAGGAAUCUUCCAAAGAGCCCGAAAAGAAGCAAGAACUUAACCGAGGACAAGACGAGUCUAAUUCUAAAUUAGAAAGACAAGAAGAAAAGGAAGCAUCUAAGAAGGAAAGUAAAGAGGCAAAGGAAGAGGAGAAGAAGGUAGAAGAGCCCCAAGAAGAUUCGAAAUCGCAAGGUAAAGAGCCUUCGAAAGAAAAUUCACAAGAGCCUGUAUCGCCACAGCCAACGCUGCCCCAACAACCAGUUAGAAUAAGUUGGGCAUCAAAAAUUGCAGCUCAUGGAGAUUCUUCAAAGACUAAUACCAGUGAAACACCAUACAAUGGCACCGCUGUGAAAAAACCAAUAGACGGUAAAUCAGAUUUGUCGAGUCGUAAGGACAUUAAUAGCAGGACCGACAGAAGCGAUAGAGCCCUUAACAAGAAAAAGACUGUUUUCAGUACGGUGAACAAAGAUGGAUACUAUCCGAUUUAUAUCAAGGGAACGGCUGGAAUCAAAGAAGAUAGACUGAAAGAUACCUUAGAAGCAGAAUUUGGUACAGUUAUGAAGAUUACCAACGCAGACAGCUUUGCAGUGGUAGAUUUCGAAACCCAGAAGAGUCAAGUGGAUGCGCUAGAUAGAAGGCAAUUAACAGUUGAUGAUACAGAAGUUGUCAUGGGUCGUAAAACGGUCAAGAAAAGUCCUUCACCACCGGUUGGAAAUGCACAGACACCAUUACGCCCUCAUAAAAAGCAUUCAGGUAAAAAAAGAGAGUGA